ACAACUGAAAAUGAAUGACUGCUUUAUUUGUUUUCUUCUCUCUUGCGUGACAAUAUAAUACUUAACAAAACACACAUCCCCAGUACAAUCUUGUAAUCAUUACUCUCACUAGCUAUAUUUUCUCUCUCUAGCUAGCUAGCUAUGUUUCUCUCUCCUCAAUAUAUAUUGUCUAUAUAUAUUCAUACCCUUGUGGUAUAUUUACACUAUUUUCUCUCUUUGCAUGUUUAAUCAAUAUCUAUAUAUAUACAUAAAUAUAUAUACAUACAGUUCUUAAUUAGAAGAACUUAGUGUGUUGCAUGGGGAUGGAUUCUUCAAUUGCACAGCAUCACCACCAGGAAAUGAAUUGUUCUUCAUCAUCACAAACACUAGAGAGCAUGCUGGCCGGCGGCACAAAAUCGGCGGCGCAGCAGCAAGAAAACAAGAAACCGAGGCCGGCGGACAUGGAUUCCCUAAAAUGCCCUCGGUGCGACUCCACCAACACAAAGUUCUGCUACUACAACAACUACAGCCUCUCCCAGCCGAGGUAUUUCUGUAAAUCGUGCCGGCGUUACUGGACGAAAGGGGGUACCCUCCGAAACGUUCCGGUCGGCGGAGGCUGCAGGAAGAACAAACGGCCCUCGUCCGCUUCAUCUUCCUGCUCCUCCGCCUCCUCCAGGCAGCGGAGCCAGGACAACAACCACCACCACAACCCGAUUGUGGUGGGGCCCGCUGCGAAUAUUCCGUCGUCCAACGACGAUCUCAACCUUGCGAUUGCUCGGCUUCAAAGGCAAGAUAAUACUAAUCAUGAUUUUUCGAUUUGGGGGAAUCCAAACAUGCCCUAUCAUCAUAUGCAUGAUCAUUCCCUUAUUAGGAGUGAGUUUCUUGAAACCCCUCUUAAUGGGAUUCCGAGUUUUCAGUAUGAAAACAUCGGAAUCGGAAUGGGAAUUGGAAUGGGAAUCGGAAUGGGAAACCCGUAUGAGGAAUUCAACACCACCACUUCCAUGGCGGUGAAAGACGAAGAUGAAAAUAGUAAAGUGUUGUUUGGAUUCCCGUGGCAGAACGGCGGUGGGAAUAGCAAUACCGGGGAAUUCGAUUCCGGCGCCAGACUAAGCUGGAAUGGAAUCAAUAAUGGUUCAUCUUAUAACAAUUGGCAUGGGCUUCUCAAUAGCCCUCUCAUGUAAUAAAAAAAAACAAACAUCGAGUCUUAAUUAUUCUUGGAAUAAUUAAACAAAUAUUUAAUUUCAAGAACCAGGGUUUGGUGAUAGAUUAAUUUUAUUUUAAUUUUUAAUUUAAUUAUUUGAAGUGUUUAACUUAAUUUUAAUGAUGUGGGUUUUGUCUGUAGUAAGAAGGAAUGUUGUCAGUUGAUUUUAUUUUGUAUGAUGACAAACUAAUGGAAUUUCUAUUAUUACCAAAUCAUGGUUUUA